AAGGCUUCCAAGGGAAAGAAUAAGAUAUCCUUCGAUAUCCUUCCCAGGCACCCCUCACCACCAAUUCUUGAAUUUGGUACAUAUUGACUUCCAUCACUACCUACUCACUACCUACUCUUCAAGCUUGUCAUUCUUAACCAUCAAUCAACGCUGCGUAUCUAUCGAAUUCUACCUCUAGGCCUUGGCUCUGAUCACCUCUGAUUCGGCUACUCGCUGCCAAACUGAUCCAUUAUUUGGUGGAGUUUCGUCGUCACCAAACAUUACCUCAGCCACCUCAGAUUCCCACCUUGCGCUACGCCACGCCCAUCGCCCCGCGACGAAUUCAAUCCUGGUGGAAGUUGCCUACACCCGUGCCACCUAGAACCCCCCGUGCCUUAGGCAGCCACUUUUCGUCCCAGGCCCUGCGAGUCCCCCUCCCGGGUCCCCCAACCCCAAUUUUUGUUGUAGUCAGCUACUGCAUCGGCGCAGCACAGGACCCAGCCAGCACCCAUUUGCAUGACUACCUAAGUAAGGUACGUGCCCCGUUCGGACUUGGAUUGCCGCGAGUGCAGUCCAUUCAGUCAGAGCCACACAAGCAACUUUUGGGCAGAAGGCAGCACUAGCCUCCCGCUACUGCCACCCGUUGACACUCUAUCCGGACUUUCCUCUCACCUCGAUCAAACGUCAACCUGGCUUUCUUCGCCACACCUCUACUUUAUCACAACCUUCCCACUGUGCGUGUAGUGACCGACUCCAACGGAAGACGAUAUUCGGUCACUGAAACGCCCAGCCGCUCGUUUGACGUUUAUCCACACCGUCGCCGUACGGUCGCCGAAAUCAAUCCUACCAAAUACAGCGACCGCGACCCAAAUUCUCCGACAAACGUAUAUAGACGAUCUACCCUAGAGACUGCUCCCAUCUCCAAAAAGGGCGGAAACAUGUCCAAGGUCGUGCGAAGCGUCAAAAAUGUCACCAAAGGCUACAGCAGUGUCCAGGUCAAGGUGCGAAAUGGUAUUGUCAUCUCACACAUCCGCCAGCCUGCGCCGCAGCUAACCACCAUCGAUAGCGACCUCAAACGACCCAUGGGGUCCCACCGGCACUGACAUGGCUGAGAUCGCCGCCCUCACCUUCAACAAUCCCAGCGACUUCUACGAGAUCAUGGACAUGCUCGACAAGAGAUUAAAUGACAAGGGCAAAAACUGGCGUCAUGUCCUCAAAUCCCUCAAAGUCCUCGAUUACUGUUUGCACGAGGGUUCCGAGUUGGUGGUGACAUGGGCUCGAAAGAACAUUUACAUCAUCAAGACUCUAAGGGAAUUUCAAUACAUCGACGAAGAUGGCAAAGAUGUUGGACAGAAUGUGCGAACAUCGGCAAAAGAACUUACCUCGCUCAUUCUCGACGAAGAGCGCCUCAGAAGUGAGCGCUCUGACCGUAAGCUCUGGAAGACCCGAGUCACCGGAAUCGACGAAUUUGCCCCACAAGCCAUUGCUGGCCCUCCUCCCACUCAACGUCAUCGCAGAGAGCCAGAAGAGAAUGAUCAAGAUGCUGAUCUUAGAAAGGCUAUUCAGGAAAGUCUGAAAUCACAGGCAGAGGAAGACCGACGGAAGCACAAUCAGCCUGCUCAGGACGAGGACGACCCCGAGCUUGCUCGCGCGCUCAAGCUAAGCACAGAAGAGGCCAAUCGUCGCAAGAGUGAGCUCGAGGCGCAGAACAAUGCCUCCCUGUUGUUCGACGACACUCCUGCUCCCGCUCAGCCCCAGCCAACAGGGUACAAUCAAGGCUACCAACAGCAACCUGCUGUCGACUGGUUUGGCAACCCUCUACAGCAACAGACUCAGAACACCGGCUUUUUGAACAACCAAUAUGCUCAACCUCAACAGACUGGGUUCGCAAAUGGCUUUACCAACGGCUAUCAACCCGCACAGCCUACUGGCUAUGACCAAUUUGGUCAACCGCAAUUUCUUCAGCAGCAAAACACGAUACAGCCCCAGCAGACUGCAUUCCAGACCAACAACCCAUAUGGUAUGCCGACUGGUGGAGAUCUAUUCGGUCAACAGCUCCCACAAUCACCACAACCACCAGCGAUUGCCCCAGGCAAUAACAACCCUUGGGCGACACAGUCACCACAGCCUGCAGAACCGAUGAAGCCUCUCCCUACCGGCUCCAACAAUCCUUUUGCACAACGAACACAACAGGCAUCGCCAUCUCCGUUCUCGCGCACCCAGACACAGCCCUCGCUUGGCACACUGUAUGAAUCUCAGCCCAUCAAUCAAUUCAGUCAACCAUCUCAACCAAACCCCAUUCUCAACUAUGAAGCCCCACAACCAUCAUUUCUACAGCAGCAGCAGCAACAGCAGCAACAGCAACAGCAACAGCAACAGAAGCCUGCCAACCCUCACCACGCGAAGCUCAACGCGUUACUGGCCUCUGGCGAAGGAUUGGAUACGUUUGGCAACACGGGAGAUCUGCGUAUUCCCGCACAACAUACUGCACCUGGUACAUUUGUCAAUUCUGCUGGUCAUGGGUUCGAUCGUCUACGUGCAGCCCAGACUGGUACCAACCCGUUCUUUUCGCAGCAAGCUACGGGAUACGGGGCGGGCCAGGCAGGGUUUGGCCAGCAGAUGCCAGCUCAGACCGGCCAAGCCGGCUUUGGAGGUGGUUUUGGACAACAGAAUAACAACCCAUACGGACAGCGACCCGUGCAGCAGAAUGGCAGUUUGAUUGAUCUAUAGUUGGCCAGAUUGGGUUGCGCGGUCGGUAGCAAUGGCGGUGCGAUGCAGGUGAUGGACAAUGGUUACAAUCAUUACUACGUUGCUCGGAUUGAAAGUGGUUUUACCUUGGGCGAAGAAAUUGUACUGUGUUUGGGCACUCUUUUCUAUCCGGCGUUACACGACGUACAUGUGCUACUUGGGAUUUAGCUUGCACACGUCACGGUCCAUUAAAUGAGUCCAUUUUAUUCUGCUGCAGAGUGAUCUUUAUUUCCAGGAUGAGAGGUAAAUGGGCUCGCCCUCGGCCAACACGCGUUGGAGACCAGGGGGGCUUUGAAGAGUAACAAUGCAACAUACGAACAAGUGGAGUCACAGCAAAAGAGCAUUCAGCUCCAGACUACAGUAUACAUAGGCACUACUUGCGGAGAAUUGACCUCUCACGUCAAAAGCCUACAGACACGAAGGGAGAGUUCAAGGGCCGACGAGAACCUCAUUCUUGGCCCCACCGUGAUGGCAUCUAUCAUUUGAUAUCAGACGAACUUGCUAUCAGUCCUGAUUCUUUGUUCGUCAGUUGCCAAUCUUGACACUUGUGACACUGUGAUACUGUCACACGUCUUCCUUCAGUGGCUUAACCGCCACCGAGUUACCCGAGUUACUCGGACUCGAUUGAAAUGAAAGUGAUUCUGUCAUCCUGUCGCUUAUGUAAAAGCAAAAGAUUGUCCAAUACCUACCACGAUAGUCACGUGAUGCUAUUUGCGCGUUGCUCAUCGGCCCUUUCUUUAAAUUAGCAUACGCGUCGCGUCAUCUGAGGUGAAACCAUGUUCG